AUGAAUACUGUGCUGUCAAGGCCCUCGGCUAGUGCCCCGGAUCCAUUCUCCCCCGUCAACGAAAAUGGAAGCUUCGAAUUCGAUCGCGUCCUGAAAACAGGGAGGGUCUGCCGUCGAGUCAAACACAAACAUGUCUUUCGCGCCUCAUGGAAACCCGCUUACCUCGUCCUCCGGCCAAACCUCCUUUCCGUAUACAAGGACGAGGAGACUACCCGCCUCCGUGUCUCCGUGUCUCUCUCCGAAGUCACCGCCGUCGCACCCGUCAAAUCUCCUCGAUCGACCCGGCGACAUGUCUUCGGCGUCUUUACCCCGUCCACAAACUACCGCUUCGAAGCUCCGACGGAACGCGAUGCUGAUGAAUGGAUAACACGGAUUCGCGCCUCCAUCCCGAACGACGAGCACGAGCGUGCUCUCCUCGGCCUGGUCAAGAAGCAGGAAACUCCGACCAUCAACAAGCAGCUCGUCGACGACACAACCGAUCACUCCGACUUCGACCACACCGGCCGUGCCAGCUCUCCAGAGCCGCGCCAUGCACUAUCUCCCCGAAUCGGAACCCAGAAUCCCCCCUUACAUUCAGGAUUACUCGGGCAACGAACUAGCUUCGCAUUCAGAGUUCUCCGAUGGGCCCGCCCCUUCCCGGAAUCGUCAUCUACGAUCAAUGCCUUCUAUACAUUCGUUAUCUCUUUCUGCGCCAGAAGAGAAAUCCUCAUUCCUGCCGUCGUCAUCUCUGCCAUCGUCAUAUGCCCCAUCUUCAUCCCUACCUUCUUCAUCUCUGCCAUCAACUACGCUUCCUAG